UGGAUUAAUUAGCUUUCAAUACAAUAGGAUUAAUUAAUAUUUUCAAGUAAUUUAAUUGAAACGUGGGCUUUUUGAGAAGGUGGAGACCCAGAACACUAAACCCUAAGUUAAAAACCAGUACGACGAUGCUCCGGCGGCGGCCGCCAAGUUUCAAGCAUCGCCGGGGACUGCGGAAGCCCUCUCCCACGCAUACGCCGAUCCCUCUCCUCGAGGAGCUCAAGUCCACCGCUGACCCCGCCGCCGCCCUCCGCCUCCUUCAGCACGCUGACCCCGACCUGCUCUCCUACCCCGUCUGCUCCUCCCUCCUCUACCGCCUCGCGAAGGCACACCUCGUCCCGGAGAUCGACUCCCUCCUCGCCCUCCUCCGCGCUCACCGCGUGCCCUGCAAGGAAGCCGCCUUCAACUCCCUCAUCCGGCGCUUCGGUAGCGACGGCCUCCCUGACCGCGCCAUCGAUCUCUUCCACGCCCUCCGCUCCUUCGAGUUUUCGACCUCCGCCCCCUCCGUCCAAUCCCUCAACUCCGCCCUCGCCGCCCUCGUCGAGAAUUGCCGGUUCAAGCAGGCGAGAGCUCUUCUCGCGCAGUCUGCCGCCACGUUCGGCCUCCGCGCCAACGCCGUCUCCUACAACAUCCUCAUACAAGGCUGCUGCGCGGCCGAGGGAUCCUCCAGCGCGCGGCUCCUGUUCGACGAAAUGCUCCAGAAGGGGAUCCGCCCCACCGUGGUCACCUACAACGUCCUCAUCGGGCAUUCCGCCAAAAAAGGCGACUUGGGAACCGGCGCGAGGUUGAAGGAGGAGAUGGUGCGGAGAGGCGUCCAGCCCAACGCUAUCACCUUCGCGUUGCUGAUGGACGCCCUGUGCCGGGAGGGCAACUACGCCGCGGCGAAGAAGAUGAUGUUCGACAUGGAGUACCAGGGGUGCAAAGUGGGGCUCGUCAACUACGGCGUGCUGGUGAGCGACCGAGGGCGUAGGGGCGACCUCGACGGCGCGAGGGCGCUGCUGGCCGAGAUGAAGCGGAGGAAGCUGAAGCCGGACGUGCCCAUCUACGGCGCGCUGAUCAACUACCUGUGCGGCGCGGGGCGGACAGCGGAGGCGUACGCGGUGCUGGUGGAGAUGCAGGUGGAGGGAGGGUGCGAGCCCAACGCCGCGGCGUACCGCAUGAUGGCGGACGGCGCGUGCCGAGCGGGGGACUUCGAGAUGGCGUCGCGGGUGGUGACGGCGAUGCUGGCCAGCGGGCAUUGCCCGCGCGAGGAGACCUUGAGGUGCUUGAUGAAUGGCCUGUGCGGCAUCGGGAAGGUGGAGGCGGCGUGCUCGGUGCUGGAGGAGAUGGCGAGGAGGGAAAUGGAACUGGACGGGAAUGGCUGGAAGGCCUUAGUGGAAGCUGCUUUGGUUCCGGCCGAACCAAAAAUAAAAACAACUCAACCCGGUCCAAUUACGACCCAAACCGUGACCCUCUGAACCGGGUUUAGACCCUUAUCACCAGGUUUAUUAAGACGAAUCAAGGAUGAGAAAUAAGUUCAAUACAGAUUGGACACUCAAAUCUUCAACACACGCCUGAAAAGAGUCUCAUCAUCUAAAUCAGUGAAAUGAGAAACUGGGGAAGAGUUGCAAACAGUGUUGGCAUACCUC